CACUGCCCGAGUUACGGCAUCUUUGGGGUCACUGGGUGCCAGGCACAUCAACUCUUUUCAAGAAAAAUGGAUGGAAAAGCAGAUGUGAAGUCUCUCAUGGCGAAGUUCAACGCAGUGGGCGACCCCACGGAGGAGGUCUCGGCCAGCAGCCGACCCUUCAAGGUCACCGGGCAGAAUUCCCCCUCAGGACUCCAAGCCAAAAAGAACUUCUUCAACAACCAAGGAAAUGCCAGCACUCUGACGGGACCCAGCAGCGUGCCCAAGUUUGGGGGCCCAAAGCCACCCAUGGGGGUGAAACCUCCUCCUGAGGAGAAGCCGGAAUCGGAGCCCAAGCCCCCGUUUCUGAAGCCCGCGGGAGUGGGCCAAAGAUUUGGAUCCCCGGCCCCCAGAGACCCCGAGGGGAGAGCGGCCUUCCUGAGGCCCGUAGGCCCCAAGCCCAACCCGCCCAGAGAAGAUGCCAAGCCCGUGUUUCCCCGGCCUCCUGGGAACAAGCCGUCGCUCCACGGUGGUGUCAACCCAGACCACGACCUAAAGCCACCAGGCCUGAAGCCCAGGCUUCCCCCUGCAGCCCAGGAAAGCGAGCAGAAGCCAGUGUUCCCUAAGUCGUCUGGGGUGCAAGGCAAGUUUGUGUCAGCCUCCCAGGACCAGGAGCCCAAGCCCCUCUUCCCCAAACCCCCCUUUGGUCCAAAGCCAUCCCCCAGUCUCGAUGACCCCCACGAAGGUGAGAGCCCCACUAAGAACGCGUCUCCACUCAGAGGCCCCCCGGCCCCCCCAGGAUUCAGGUCCAAAACAGGCUCUUUCAGGCCAGCAAAGGAAGACCCAGACACGAAAGACCAAGGAGGCGAGACGUCAAGUUCACCUUUCCCUGGAGUGGUCCUGAAGCCGGCCGCCAGCAGGGGAGCCCCCGGCCUCUCCAGAAAGCCGGAGGACAGGAGAGAAGACAGGAAGGUGGAUGCUGCUAAGAACGUGUUCCUGGGCAAGAUGAGCCAGGAGGAGCCGCCUGCCUUGCUCCCUAAGACACCUUCUAAGGUGACGAUGGCCGGGCCCUGGGGCCAAGGUCAGGAAAAGGAAAGGGGAGACAAGAGUCCCGCCACCCCUAAGCAGAAACCCCUGCCCCCCUUGGCUGUCCUGGGCCCCCCUCCACCGAAGCCCAGCCGACCCCCCCACGUGGACCUGGCCAAAUUCCGAAAAGCUGCUCCUGCAAAUAGUACCAGCAAAGGCCAAACGCCUUACUCAACAACUUCGCUACCACCACCUCCACCAUCCCAUCCGGCCAGCCAACCGCCAUUGCCAGCUUCUCACCCAACACAACCGCCAGUCCCAAGCCUACCUCCCAGAAACAUUAAACCUCCUUUAGAUCUAAAAAGCCCCGUCAAUGAAGACAAUCAAGAUGGUGCCAUGCACUUUGAUGGUGCUGGAAAUCUAGAUGAGGAAGAAAGUGAUGGAGAAACAUAUGAAGACAUAGAAGCAUCCAAAGAACGAGAGAAGAAAAGGGAAAAGGAGGAAAAGAAGAGAUUGGAGCAGGAGAAAAAGGAACAGAAGGAGAGAGAAAAGAAAGAACAAGAGAUAAAGAAGAAGUUUAAACUAACCGGCCCCAUUGAAGUCAUCCAUCAAGCCAGAGCUUGCUGUGAUGUCAAAGGGGGCAAGAAUGAGCUGAGCUUCAAGCAAGGCGAGCCUAUUGAAAUCAUUCGCAUCACGGACAACCCCGAGGGGAAGUGGUUGGGCAGAACCACCAGGGGGUCAUAUGGCUACAUUAAAACCACUGCUGUGCAGAUCGACUACGAUUCUUUGAGGCGAAAGAAGAACUCUCUGGGUCCUCUUUCAUCGAGACCCACGGAAGAUGACCAAGAAGUGUAUGAUGAUGUGGCAGAGCAAGAUGAGGCUAGUAGCCACAGUCAGAGUGGAAGUGGAGGGAUGUUCCCACCUCCCCCAGAUGACGAUAUUUAUGAUGGAAUUGAAGAGGAAGAUGCUGAUGAUGGCUCCACACUACAGGUUGAAGAGAAGAGUAACUCCUGGUCCUGGGGGAUUUUGAAGAUUUUAAAGGGAAAAGAUGACAGAAAGAAAAGUAUACGAGAGAAACCUAAAGACUCUGAGUCAGACAAUAAUGAAGGUUCAUCUUUCCCUGCUCCUCCUAAACAAUUGGAUUUGGGGGAAGAAGUCUAUGAUGAUGUUGAUGCCUCUGAUUACCCCUCGCCUUCGGCAGACAUGAGUCAAGGAGCCAAGGCCAAAACAGAAGAGAAAGACCUUAAGAAGCUAAAAAAGCAGGAAAAAGAAGAAAAAGACUUCAGGAAAAAAUUUAAAUAUGAUGGUGAAAUUAGGGUCCUGUAUUCAACCACAGUUGUUCCAUCCUUAACUUCUAAAAAGUGGGGGAACAGAGAGCUACAGGUGAAGCCUGGCGAAUCCCUCGAAGUCAUACAAAACACCGAUGAUACAAAAGUUCUCUGCCGGAAUGACGAAGGCAAAUAUGGUUAUGUCCUUAGGAGUUACUUGGUGGACAAUGAUGGAGAGAUCUAUGAUGAUAUAGCCGAUGGUUGCAUCUAUGACAAUGACUAGCCCUCAGUUUUGGUCAUUCUGCAGUGUUCAUUUGAUGCCAAUAUGAAGUCUGGGUUUAAUUGACAUACAUGAUCGGUUAUCACAGAAAAUGAAUGCACAAAACUACUUGUUAUCAUUUGUUGUAAAUUCUGAGAAUCUUUGUUUUCACAUUUGGACUUGGAAAAUGACCUCUCUGUUUAAUCAACAUCUUGGAAGACUACAUCAAUGAGAUAAGAAUCCUUAAAUAUCCCAUCUCUGCCUCAGCUAAAAGGAUGAAGGCGCUUCUUUUAGACCAUCAAUAGCAACCCCCGUUCCAAAAAAAUAAUCAUUUGAGAAGAAAUGACUGUGUUGUCUAAAGAUAUCCAAGGAAGAAAAAUAAAGAAAUAUUUAAAAAGGACCCACAAGAAGAAAACUAUUGUUUGCCCCUCUAAUUGUGACUAUAUCUUAUAUUCUCUGUUCAAAUGAUCUGUCUUUUAAAAGGCUGACCUCUCAUCUCUCUUGCUGAUGGGUUAAAUGUUUUUCAAAAAUUAUAAUAGUAGCAGAACUUUUGUAUAAAGUUUGCCCCUGUUUGUUAAUUGUGAAUAUGUGUUAAUUAUUUGAUAAGAAUGUAUGCAUUUUGGUAUGCACACCUAAGAUUAAAACUGUGGAAAGAUCUGAAGGUUUCUUUUUUCCUCAUAACCCUGUGCUCUGUUUAAAGUGCUCUAAGUGGAGUAAAGUGAGGCUAACUCUAAAAUUACGCAGAAUGGAAUUCGGAAUUUGAAAUUACCCUUUUAUAGUGCAUCUUUACUAUGAAGACUUUUUUAAAAGUUUUUGUUUUUGUUUUUCAAUUACCUCUAUGGAGCUCUUUAAAAAACUGCUUUAUUGGAAAGUUGGACAACAGAGGGAGUACAAAUUAAUCAAUCCUAGCGUUCAUAGUAGGGUGUUCCUAUAGGUACACCCUCUUCCCAAAGCAACCUAGAAUCAAAAUGCGAAGCGUUUGGGUCCCACAU